CUUACAUCGGCCAAACUCGUAAAUAAACCGACUAGAAACGAUUAUCUCUAUUAAUUGCCAGGUGGCAAGCACAGGUGAACGAUAUCUGUUCGUAUCACUUUAUGUUAAAACAAUACGAAUCAAGAUAAUUAAAAAAUUCUGUGAUAAUACCGGUUUGGAGAAGGCUUUGACAAUACAAACAAAACAAAGUUUUAGUCAGAGUUUGCUUGAUUUUCGUGGUUUAAAGUGGAUAUAAACAGAAAAGGAUGUCAACUGACAGAUUUCACAAAGCUGCUAAAGAUGGCAAAAUUGAAAUCCUUAAGGAAGCAACCAAAAGGGAUUGCAACAGUAAGGACCAACAAGGAAUGACUCCAACUUUAUAUGCUGCAUUUUAUGGAAACUUGGAAUCAUUAAGACUUUUAUGUGGCAGAGGUGGAGAUCCUGACAAGGCAGACAUUUUUGGCAAUACGGCGCUACAUCUUGCAGCCGCACAAGGGCACAAACCUAUAGUGACUUUCCUAGUAAACUUUGGUGCUAAUAUUUACUCAAGCGAUAUAGAUGGCAGAACUGCCCAGGAUGUUGCAGGAAUGAAUAACAGAGACGAUAUUUUAAGGUUUCUGGAUGGGGGUACAUGCUAAACUUGAAGCUACUGAUAAGAAAAAAAUGAAAAGUUUGCAGGAAAAAGCUAAGAAGGAUGCCAAGAAAAGAAUAGAGGAAUACAACAAACAUAAGGAAAAAACAGAUCAAAAACGGGAAAAAGAAGAAAGGCGAAUGAGCAAAGAAUACCGUCCAUCCAUGAUGCAAACUCUACGAUCGCGUAUGAAGAGUGGUUCCACCUCAAAUUUAACCAACAUUGGAGCACCAGCACCAAGACAAUCCUUUAGUAACCUACUAUCAGGAGGAACUCUAACAAACCGUCACAUGGGUACAGUUCAAAAAAGAAUUCUAGCCAAUCAAAAGAACAGAUUAGGCAACCAAAACGAAGAAGAAUUCAAAAUUAGCGAAAUUGAAGAUGGUAAACGAUCGGUAAGAUCCCUUAAGGGGAUCAGAAGGGAUUCAGAGGUUCUCUAUGGGGGUACCAUAGAUAAUAGAAGAGGGAGAUUAGAUAAUAUGUUUAACGAAGCUGAAUUUAAUAAUAACAACACAGCGCCACCUCCACCCAGCAAUGGAAUGGUGAGAUCGUUAUCACAACCAGAUUUUUUGCAACAAUUGCAGGGAAGUGGGGAUAAACAACAAGAACCAUCCAGUAUUUUUAUAAGACCUGGGAUGGGAAGCAUUGUAAUAAGAAAAAGUAUCACCAACACAUUUGGAGCCCUGUAUGGAGGAGUCAACAGUAUAGAUCAGAGCUCUCUGGAUUCUGGGGAAAGUUAUGCCAACAGAAACAUUACAGAUGAUGAGCUGUCAGAAUCAGAAGAAAGCGAAGAUGAAGAAAACCCAAAUGGUCCUUUGGAAAGAUUUUUGACAGCCUUUGGUUUGGGCGAAUACUUGCAACAAUUUACAGAACAAAAAAUCGAUUUGGAUACUUUAAUGUUACUUACUGAAAAUGAUAUGAAAAGUCUAAAUUUGCCAUUAGGUCCAUACAGAAAAUUAGUAUUAGCAGUAAAUGAAAGAAAAUCUGCAUUGGAAAGUCCUGGGGAAGUCACAGAUAGCCAAUUAUAAAAAAAAAUCAUUAUUAUUAAGAUAUUUUACAAAAUUCCACUAGGUUUUAAACUAUUGUACUAUUCUUGCCAUUGCCACUGGAUCAUUUUAUGGACGCUGUCCCAUUAAAUUAACUAAAAUCUAAACAUAAAAAAUUUAAAAAAUAUUUCUUAUACAAUAAAAUUAUUUGUUUAAAAUAUAAUACAAAUUGUUGUUUUUGAACUAUUUAAUUAAUACAAGAUUUUUUAAUUGUGGUGGGUGAGACAAAAAGUAGAGUUUUCCAUGAAAUGACCCAACAUAAGUUUGUAUAAUUUCUAGUCAAAUUUUUAAGUAAAACUAACGUUUAUUUUAUUUUUCUAUUAACU